AUGACGAGCUCGUAUCUGAAGGCGCUACUUAAACUGUCCGGUGAUGAAGCGCUCGCCGAUGCGCGCAUGAGGCUCAUUGAUGGCCUAAACUGGGAAGAGCUGGAAAUCGUUGCCGUCGAAGGGAUAACCGGAUGUACCAACCGAAAGAUACGAGAGCGAUUGGUCUGCGCGAUGCUCAAUAUCCUGAAAGAGAAUCCGAACGUCGAGCCGUUGACACUUCCGAAGACUGAAUACCUGGGUUCCGCACCUGUCGCACAUCCAGGCGCACUCCGGAAACACAAUACAGAAACCAUGACGGCAACAACCACGUCGGUGGCCAAGCGAAAGCGCACCGUCCCCGAUUCGGAUAGCGAGCCGCAGCAAGCUGCUUGGAAGGCAAUCAAGAAUGAGCCGAUUCGUGAAUCAUCAUGCAACACCAUUGAUCUACGUGAAGACGAGGACAAGGCCGAGGACACGAGUGACACGAAUAGGAUGCAGAUGAUUUUACGACAAAACGGCGAUCAUCCACCAAUACUACCGAGGAUUAUCGACCUAGAAGAGCCUGUUAAAGAUGAGGAUGAAAGAAGUUCAGCAGCGCCACCAGUGAUGCUGUCCUCGAACCAAAAUUCUACGACGGAUUUGAACUUCAUCGCAUUUCCUAUCACAUUUCCCGCAGGCUCCGUGGCGCCUGGCUACCUCUCCAUAACCUAG